UCUUGAAGUAAGGUUGUAUCCGUUGCUCUUUUGUUUUUCUAUUCCCGACUUAUUUGUUUUCACGAAACCCUACCCUAACUUCGUGGUGGACGACUUCAGAUCGCCGGGGCAAACUUGUUUUCUUUUACCAAUUUAUUGGACUGUGAGGAAAGGGAAAGAGCAAGUUUUACUUGUGUCUGUACUGUGCGAUUUCGAUUCGUUGCAUUUUGGGGACCAUUUUGGUUUCUAGUUUGGCGAUAAACGGCUCAAAAGUUUCAAAGCUGAUUUAUUUGGAAAAGUGUUUGUGUUCGCCGCAAACGUGAUUUCACCAGCCUAGUUUCUACUUUUUUAUAGCUAGAAGGGAUCAGUGAAAUAUUCGGACCGAACAGGAGACACUGAAUUAACUCUCAGCAUUUAACCGCUCGCUUUUGAGUAAUCGUACUUUUCUCUGGAUAUUAAACUGUGAACGUAAUAAAGAAGCCAUCAUGUUUUCUUUAUAACGUAUCUCGCUUUCUUUUUCUUAUAAUUUCCUUAUAACCCGAUUUCUUGUAUUCGCUCUGCGUGUGUGUGUGUGUAUCUCCUUUUCUAGUCCGUAAAAAUCGCAGUUUUUUUGUCUACGUGCCUGUCCUUGACCGGUCGUGUUUAUUCAUUUGUCAAAAAAAGGAUAAUCGAUUCUUUAUCCUGAAAAAUAACUCUAUAGUUGCUAACUCGCUCAGUCUCAGCUGCUUUUAAUUGUUCAUUGGAAUCCCUUAACGCAAAGUUCAAUUUUGGGUUUUAUUUUUUUACUUUAUAAUAAUAAAGUAUAAAAAUCAAGUACUUCAGUCUUGCAUAUUAAUUUUUCUUUUUCGUUGACUUACUACUCUAUCUGUACCUUUCUUGCAUACUUUUCGCGAUGACAGGGUUACUAAGCAUCUUAUUGCAUUGCAAACCUUCUAACUUUGCCGAAUCUAAAGUUUCUACAUCAGAACAUCACUCAGUACAAUUUUGUAUAGAGCGUUCUCAUGAGCAAUCUUCUGAAAGCUCUCCAUAUGAAGGACGCGUUAAAUUCGCCGUCUUACCAAGUCGAGUUGGUGAAGGAAAACCUAGGAAGCCUUGCCGAUAUGGGAAAUCUCCACCUCCUGAUAUUAGUAAAAAUCAGCUGCUUAACCGUCCUCAAGAAUCUAACGUUUGCGAUGGUAAAUCAAAAGGUGAAAAUUCCAACUUACUACGUAAACCCUUAGGACAUUUGAACAGAGAACAACAGUAUGCUAAGCAGCCCCCUAAAAUUAGUUUUGCUUUAGGAAAUUUAACAAAUGGAAGCAAUCAAAAUACGUCGACGUCCCAUGCUGCCGCUUCCAAGCAAAUUGCAACUACUUGUCGCGAUGUAUUGGAAGAUGUGUUGAAAAAGGAUAAUGACUUAAAGUUAGAGUCUUCUGAUGAAGAAGAGGAUGACAGCGAGUUUGCUUAUCCUGUGAAAUUUCAAAAAGAUGCUAGCAAUAUAGGUAAAGGUAAAAUGUAUCGACCUAUUAGAUCUCCUAAACCGCCCGCAAAAAAGCUAAACGUUUCUUCUUUCGAAGAAGAUGAUGAUGACGAUGAAUCGUCCGAUGAAGAGGCUAAUAGCGAUAGUAACGAUGAAAAUGACGGGGCAGUUUCUGAUUCUUCUUUAUCCGAUGAUAUCGAAGAGGGCCGAUCACCUUUACAGUUUCCUUCAACCCCGAUACAGACUGCUGCUCCUCCAUCUGAAAAUUUAAUCCCAGAUGAUACUGAUUUUGUGCCGGGUACUUUUGAUGAGGAUCAACCCGCCUGUCUAGCAUUUGCUUCCUCCUUAGCUAACCACUCCCCUAAGCAUUUUCUAAUGGUUCCUCAGGACAUUGAUCCUACCUUUCCAGAUUCUGAUUCCGACGAUGAAUCUGUGGAAGAGAAAUCAACCAGAGCACAACGAUCAUCUGCUAAGGCUAAAUGGAAUCCUAAGCACAGCAGUAACAAUUUAGAAAAGAAAUCUUCAUCAGGAAUGUCAAAAAAUAGCAGAUCUCCCCCUGUUAAUAUAAAUCGAAGGCCAUCGAUGGCUUCAUGAGUUGCGACGGCUCUACCUAUUGCUGUAUAUUAAUAAAAAGAAAACUGGAAAAUGCGUCUACAACAUUGUAUAUGUGUUCGAUGUAAAUUUCUGUUUCAUUCCGUUAUCGAAUCACUCGUUAUGUUCUAAUCAUCACUGUUGUUAAUAGAGUCUGGUUAUUAUUUUUUGUAUAAUUGUUG